UAAACAACCGAGAGCUCCUGAGGAACUAACAGUCAGCGUCAUUUCCAAGGUCACAACAGACCCAAUGCUGAAAAUAUCAUAGCUUCCUGUUCAGAGAGAAAAAACAAAACCCUGUGCAACUGACACACUAAAGCAGCAGGAGUCUGUGAGAAGAACGGCAAAGAUUUAAGGGAAACGUUAAGAUUAAAAAUUCCUUUAAACAUAUAAAACAGACUCAUUAUAUCAUACUAUUUGAUUUCUCUGGAGGAUUUUACUCAAUUGAAAGCAGAGAUGGCUGCAGCAUCCAACUCUGAGUUUACACUCAUUUCCCACCAAUAUAAAGGGAUUCAGCUUGGCUCAACAGUCACAUUCUCGUGUUUCCUAUCUCCUGAAAUCAGUGCUGUUGACAUGCAGAUCCAGUGGUUUAAGGGGACAGACUGUGUUUUUCUCUAUAAGAACAGAGAAAUUAAAGAGGGGAGAGGCUACAAGGGCAGAGUGAGUCUAUUCACUCAGGAGCUGGACAAAGGAAACAUCUACUUACAGCUGAAAGAGAGCCGUGAAUCAGAUAUAGGACAUUACCUGUGUCAGGUGACUGAUGGGGAAAGAAUGGGAAAGCUUACAGUAAGACUAUGGUGGCAUCAUCUUCGAAGCAUAAGCAGACUCUUUCAGUGUGGUGUCAUUCCCUAUGUUAAAAUCGAGCAGUGGGGGAAAAAAUGGUCAAAAGAGGAGAAAAUUAAAAUGUCAGAGUCUUCAUUGUUGACUGAAUAUAAUACAGAUGUUAAAGGCAUCAUAAAGGACCUUCUUAAAACACACGACGCAUUAGAAAAAACUGAGCAGCGAUUGAAAGACACCACGCAGGAACUAAACAAAGCAAAAGCAGAGCUGGAAGUUGCUGCUGCUCCAGACUUAUAUGGCUUUGUGUCAAAAGUGGAGUCUCCAGUCAUGGGUGAAGCAUCAGCAAGUUCAAAUUCUUCAGAAUUGCGGUUUGUGCUGCUCGGGAGGACGGGGUCUGGAAAGAGUGCAGCAGGAAACAUCAUCCUGGGAAAAGCAGAGAGAAACCUGGAUAUCACACCUACAGCCACCCAGCAGAGUGAGAGCACACAAGGGGAGGUGGCUGGUAGGAAGGUGACUGUGGUGGACACGCCUGACUGGUUCUCUUCUGGACUCUCUGUGGAGAAGCUGAGACAGGACGUGGGGCUCUGUGUCCGUCUGUCUGCUCCAGGACCCCAUGCCUUCGUCGUGGUCAUACCUGUAAAGCAGCCUACAGAAAAGGAGAGAGGAAUGAUGGAGAAAAUUGAAGAGAUCUUUGGAGAGAGGUGUUGGGAGACUGCUUUCCUCCUUUUUACUGUUUCUGAUGAAGUUCAGAAGAAGAAUAUCGAGGAAUUUAUCCAAUCAGGAGACCAGGAGGUCCAGAGACUUGUAAAGAACUGUGGGAAUAGGUUUCACUGUCUCAAUAUUAAAGAGAGUGAAGAUGGUUCUCAGGUAUCAGAGCUGCUGGAGAAGAUAGAGAAGAUGGUGGUCAGAAAUAAAGGAAGAUUCCUCAGCAGUGAGCUCUACCUGGAAACAGAAUCUAAGAUUGAAAACAUAAUUUUGUGUAUUAAAGAAAAGAAGAUAGCCAAAGAAGAACGAGAAGUGGAAGUGAAACUAGAGGAGGAGCUCCAGAAAUCUCUGAAAAAGAUAGAAGGAAUGAUCCAAGAGCAUGAAAAAGAUAUUACACAGCUGAACAAUCAAGUAGCUGAUCUGGAAGGAAAAAUUAAAGAGGAAAUGGAUGAAGUGAAAAAAGAAAAACUGAAAGGGGAACUAGAUGGAGAGAUGCAAAAGAGGACAAAGAUUGACAAUGUAAUUAAUAUACUAAAUGAAAAAGUAGAGUGGGAGAGGAGAGAGUUGAAGGGGAUACUCAGACAAAAGGUGGAAGAUAUAAGGAAGGCCUAUGAAGGAGAGGCUGGAAUGGAGGAAGAGAGAAGACUUGUGAAAAUCAUGAUUCCUGAAAUCCAGAGAUAUAUUUUGACCUCCAAAUCAAAGAUGGAGGAAUAUUUCAGAGGACAGAUGGAAGAGAAGGAUAGAGAGCUGGAGUUACUGAAAAAGACACUGACCCAGCUUAGAGAAGAGAAAAACGAACCCGUUUUGGGAAAAGAGGCUCAUAAUGAGUCUGGAGAAACCGCCUUCAAAAACAAGUGGAGGAAACAUGGUGGGAGUUUAUGAUUACUCAGGAUUUCACAAUGUUUGUAACUGUGCAUAAACCUGACACUUUUUCUGGAGGGAAGUUACUCUUGAGUACUUAGCGAUUCUGUCAUCCAGCCACAUACACAACUGGUACAAAUGAUUUUCUUAACUUUAACAGGAAUUACAUGAUUACAAAAGAGGUUUGCUAGGUCUAACCCUCAUAUAACCAUUAAUAACUAUUACCUUUUGUUUAUGAUUGUGGUUUCACUGUGCUGGUCUGUAAUGCUGCACUACAGUGUAUCGGUAUGAAUGCAACUAAAUGUUAUUUAGAAAACUGACAAGACCAUUUUUUAUAUAUUUUUUGAGGAUGAUGAUGAGGAUGAUGAUGAAAUUUAAACCUUUGCAUGCGUUUUCAACCAAAAACAGUUUUUAUUUUGUAAAAGUUACUUACAUUCUGUGCAGCAAAAAUAUAAAACACAUAUCAAUAAACAUUUGAUAGGCUCCA